AUGACUGUAUCCUGCUGCUUGCUUGCAUUUACAAGUGUCGUGGCGACGGCACAUGCGAUGCAUCCAAUCUCAGACACGACUACAUUCCUGCAGCAUCAACUCGUCCACGAGCACAACGUCCUUCGAGAUGCCCACGACUUAGCUCCCAUCGAAUGGAAUGACACAUUGGCCGGUGUCGCCGAAGCCCAUGGCAGUUUAUGUCCAAGCUUCGACAAUGGCUACCCGAAUGUUAUAGAUGGACACUUGAUUACUGUAGACAUUGUUGCUCCCUGCUUGCCGCCUCCAGACAACGACGUGUCUGGUUGUCCAGACACAGGUCCUUCUUGGUCGUGGUAUGUCCAUGGUGCGUCGCGCUGGAACUACACGUCGCAGUCGUGCGUGGAAGAAGUCACGAUGACAGCCUCAACAGCAUGCGGGGCAUUCACCAAUCUGCUCAGUCCUUCUGUUCGAUCCGUGGGAUGCAGUUGGUUCAGCUGUACAACACGUGACUCCAUCACGUCGUCGAAUAUUUGGUGUGUAUACGACACAGCGGAAGCGUCCCCCGUCCUCCCCGUUCGCUCCGUGGCGUUGAAGGAUGUGGCUCAACGGCUGCCAGCUCCUCCCCUCCCUCCACCCGCGUGCCCCCCGCGCAUCCGCCAAUCAUGGGACCAAACGCCCUCCCAGAACCAGCAGCUGUUUGUCGACGCCGUGGCCCUCGCCAUGGACCGGGGCUUCCACCAGCUCUUUGUGGACAUCCACGCCGACACAUUAAUCACGAACGAAGCGCACAACAACGUGCUGUUCUUCUUCUGGCACCGCAAGUUCAUCUUGGGCUAUGAAAACAUGCUGCGGUCGCUCGGCCGUCGGUUUGCGUGCGUGACGUUGCCGUUCUACGACUACAUCCAAAACAACCUCGACUACCUCCUCGGCAAAUGCACGUCCCUCGAGUCGUGCUCGCCCUUCUUAGCCGGGCUUGGGGGCUCCACGAACGGCAGCUUUUCGUCGACUCUGUUGGGCGGGUUUGCGUUCCCGCACUUCAAGUGCGUGGGCAGUGCCCCAGUGUCCCACGCGUGCGAAGCCCCCGGUACGCCCCGGUGUAUGCACUGCAUGCCCCGGGGUCCAUGGAUGCGCACGCACUUCAACUCGACCGCGCUGUCGUACACAUCCAUCAAGCGCGUCUUGUUCCAGCCGGACGACGACAUUUACUCGGUUACGAUGCGCGUCGAGCGGUCCCCCCACGACACGAUGCACUUCCUCCUCGCCGGCGCCGUCGCCAACUUUUAUAUCACCACAACCGACCCCGUCUUUUACGGCCACCAUGCUACCAUUGACAUUUUGCAUGCAAUCUACCACCACUGCCGCGUCCGUCCACUCAAGCUGACAAAGGAACAAGCGUAUAACCACCCGAUCAACUUUGAACCGUGUGUGGUGAAUGGCACCACCGUCGACGCAACGUCCACGAUCCGGCUGCGCUUGCCAGUCGACGGCGUGCCGACCAGUGUGGACGAGUACGCUGUCACGCGGCCGUGGUUUCAGCAUGUGCCAUUCACGUACGGAGACAUUGUCGACACGACCAACUUGGGAGUGCACAGCUACCGGUACAACCUCACGGGGUUGCUGGGUACGUUGUACAGCCACUGCGACCACGCUGGCAUGAAUCACACCGCCAACAUGGAGGUUCAAGCCAACUCGGAAGACUAUGAGGAUGAUGACCAACACGUUGUGAUGGACGUGACGGACGUAGACAGCCUCACGUUUCUCGCGUGGCGCUACGAUGUGUUGGUGCAAGCGAGGGCGCAAGGUCUAGACGACGCCGACGCCGACGACGAGAUGGACAAGAUGGUCGUGAUGGUGUACGAGCACUGCUUGCCAGGGACGCACUCGGAGUACCCAGAGGACUUCAAAGCCAUGUGGAAGAUCCAAGGAGGCGAGCCGUCAAAGACCAUGUUGGACGGCGUGCUCAGCGGCGCCACGCCCAUUCGGAUUCAAGGAUGGGCGGGUCUGAACCAACGGUACUUUGGUUGUAGUGGCGAAGUUGAAGCGCUCGUGGUGUCGUAA